UGUGUGAGAGAGAGAGAGUUUGCGCGUGCAUGGCUCUAUGUGUGAGUGUGUUGGUAUGGUAGGUGUGUUUAUAUGGGUUUAGUUCCAUAUGUUUAUCUGAGCAACUCAUGUUCAUACCACAUACAUAACAGGUUACAUGUUUUUGUGAUGAAGAACUUUCAGAACACUAAGGUAACUACAGGGUCCCACAGGGUUCAGUCCUUAAGCAAUAAUUGAUUUCGCUAUACAUGCUACAACUCUGUGGCGCUGAAAUGUAAUGAUUUUUCCCCCUGUUAAAUUCCACUUUGAUGUCCAAUGUUUCAGAAAAAGGGACAAACAGUCAGAUAAGGAGAACUUUGCUCUAUUUGCUGUUUGUUUUCUGCUGGAGUUUGAGGGGGUAUAGAAAGGGGUAAAUACAUAUGGGUCAAUGCUCUCUGGUUUGCUAGAAUAGUCCAGUGGAGGGAUGGAGGGAUCAGAGGUGGAGGGUUGGAGGGGUGGGUGUGCUCUCCCAGCAGAUCCAGGAGCUCAGAAGAAACUCAGUCGGAGGUUCGUAUCGGAGACACACAGACAGAAUGCAGCAGGGUGUCAUACUUGUGGUCCUUUUGGUCCUGGUGGACCCCCUCCAUGGGGUGCCAGUGCUUGCCGAACCUCUCUUCCCCACACAGGAGAACUUUGACCUGAGCAAG